AUGCCGGCCACGGAAUUGAUCAAUGUAACCGCCGGCAUCCGCAUCGAUGAAAAAACCAAGAAUUACCUCCCUCGUGGCGGCGCCUCCUUCGCCGCGCAUUUGAAAACAGUUCUCGACAAACUCAGAUCCUCCGGCGUUGUCAUCGCAACAGGCCUCUCCGGCGACGAGCUCGCCGCCAUCGAAUCAUCCCUCGCUUUCCACUUCCCGCCGGACCUCCGUUCUUUUCUCCACCUGGGCCUCCCCGUCGGCCCCGGAUUUCCAAACUGGCGCUACGCCUCGCCGCAGCAUCUCCAAAUCCUCGCCUCCCUCCCUUCCUCCGACCUCCUCUACGAGAUCUCUAAUGCCCGAUUCUGGCCGCUUGCGUGGGGCCUCCGUCCAGAUUCCCAUGCCGAGUCCAUCGCCCGGGCUCGAUCCCUCCUUGCCGGCGCGCCUAAGCUCGUACCCGUUUACCGCCACUUCUACAUUCCCGCAACCCCCAAUGAAGCCGGAAAUCCCAUUUUCUAUGUUCGCGGGAAAGAAGUGCGUUGCUGCGGAUUCCACCUAUCCGAUUUCUUCUGCAUCAAGGAGCUGUUCUUCCAGCCGCCGCCGCCUCCGGCGCGGUCCGCAACCGAGGCGAGGAGGAUUGAAGUCUGGACGGAUUUGGCCUCUGGAGGUGUGAUUACAGGCGAGAUCUCCGGCGGCGGAGGUGAUGGGAUGGAGAAACUGAUGAAAGGUUUGGGGUGGAGGCUGCGGGAGGGUGGUUGGGGGGAGAAGGAAGUGAGGGAGAUGCUGAUGAUGGGUGAAUCGGACGGUGCUGAGGAGGGGAAGAGGGGCAAACGGACGGUGGUGACGGAUAGAUUGGACUUGAUGUGGCACGUGCGGCUUUUGGCACUCACGCUGCUACGGAGUGGUUGGAGCGCCGAGGACGUGGUCUACUCAAUGGGUGGAAAUAGGCCGGGGACGUGGCAAGUGGACCCCAGAGUCUACGAGAGCGAAAUUAUGUUUGAUUUAUAA